AUGGAGACUUUGACUGUAACACAAUUCUCACAUGAAAUCGGAAUAAAUGCGUCAUGUCAACUUGGACUUAAAGCAGACCUGACGCACAUUCUCUUACUCAUGAGUUAUUCUUCUCACCUUUGUCCAACUUGUGACGUCCUGAGAAUUCAACUAAAACUAAAAGAGGAUCAGUUGAAAGCGAAAGAGGACCAGCUGAAGGCGAAAGAAGAUAAAAUAUGUCAGUUACAAGAGACUGUGAUACAGACACAAAGAGAUCUUAUUGCUGCUAAGGAAGAAACGUUAAUGAUAAAGGGACUGCAUGAGUUAACACUGAGUAUGGAAUAUGAAGAUGCUCCUGUUGUUUGGAUUUGGACAUUGUAUAUGGCGUUAUUCCAAAUAAAAUGA